AUGCACAACUCUAGGGAAUGGCCAAACAACAGGCUGGGAAGUUUGCUGGUAUCCCUGUAUUUUCAUAUCGAGACACAUACAGCCAUUCCCGACACCCUAUCGCCGUCCGGUACUGUGAUACUCUCUGCUCCUGACAGAAUCCCUGCCAAAGAAGAGCAGGAACGCCACAAGGUAUCCACUCUUCAGAAAAAUAGCAUUGUAGAUAUCAAGCUCAAUACUGACAAGAUCUGGGGCGUUCCAAGAACCUCUACCUCGUCUCGCACGUCUAAGCGCGCCAGAUAUCGUCUCAACAAGAAGCCGCGAGCUGCAGCAGUGUAA